GAAACAUUGUGGAACUGAAGAAUAAUCUUGCAGAUUAAAUGGCAUAUUAUGCUGCUCUUGCUUCACUUAUGGAACUACUCGAUGAUAUAAUCCUUGAUAAUCGAUAUCCAAACUUUCUUCGGGGCAAACAACUGAUCUUGAAAUCUCUCCACCAGAAGUUGAGCUUUUUGCAAGAAUUACUGCAAGAUUUCUCAUUCAAAGACGAUGAAGUCACUGGCCGCAUAGAAGAAAGAAUCAGAAAUGUAGCGUAUCGAGUGCAGGAUGUUAUUGAAUUAGCAAUCUGGCAUCAGAUUGCUUGGGACCAAGCUCGAGUAUAUGUAAAGAUCUUUCGCCUCUUGGUUUCUGUAAUCCAAAGUGCCUUGUAUCCACUAAAGAGAUUCGAAGAAAAUGUUGAACAGUUAAAAAAGGCAGAGGAAGAGAUUGGAUCCAUUGUGGAAGCAGUGGUUGAAGUUAAGGAAAGGCGUAGAGAGGAAGAUUUGUCUCACGACUAUUUUUCUGAGGAAGAAGACGAAUCAGAACAAGCAUCGAAUGGGAGAAACAAAGUUAUGGUUGGAUAUGAUGAGUACAGAUUCAUUAUAGAAGAUGAGCUGUGUGGACAAUCCUCAAAGCUCGGGGUUAUUUCACUUGUCGGCACUGGUGGAAUAGGUAAGACCACUUUGGCAAGAACCAUUUUUUAUGAUGAUCUUAUUCAAGCUCGAUUUGAUUGUCGCGUUUGGGUGACUAUAUCUGAUCAUUAUAACGUAAAAAGAGUUCUUCAAAGCAUCUUAAAGUCGAUAGGUUUGGCGAAUAAUGACUUUCUUCGAAUGGAAGAGGGAGAGUUAAAGAAAUGCAUAUAUCAACACUUGAUGGGAAGGAGGAGCCUCUUUGUAAUAGACACUAUAUGGAAUGCAGAAACCUGGGAUGAUUUGAAGUUAAUAUUCCCAGAUGACAAUACUGGAACCCGGGUCAUGCUAACUACUCGAUUCAUGGAUGUUGCGCAGCGUGCUAGUGCUUCAAACUUUAUUCAUGAGAUGAAAUUCCUGAGCACAUAUGAAAGUUGGGAUCUACUUCAAGAAAAUGUGUCUGUACCUGGUGAAUUGGAGCUUAUGGGGAGGCUUAUUGCAAGUAAAUGCCAGGGACUUCCUCUUGCCAUAAUCAAGGCUGCAGAAAUCCUUUCUAGCGUCGAUCCAACUGUUGAUGAAUGGUACAAGAUUGCAAGAGAAGUGAGAAAUAUUUUGAGCAAAAUCAAUACACACUUCUCCAGUGUAUCUCUUAGCUACAAUCAUCUUCCGCCUCAGCUAAAACCGUGCUUUUUGUACAUGGGAAUUUUCCCUAAGAAGUAUGAGAUAAGGGCCUCGAAUCUCAUUAUGAUGUGGAUUGCAGAGGGGUUUUUGAAAUCAGAAGAUGAGUCCAAAAGCUUAGAGAAAGUAGGAGAGGAAUGGUUAGAGGAUCUUGUGAAAAGAAAUCUUGUCAUCGCCACUAAGAAAAGGUUUAAUGGGCGAUUCAAGUACUGUGUUUUGCAUGAUUCUGUGUGGAACUUCUGCAGAGAAAGAAUUUCCGAUGAAGGCUUCUUUCAUGUCCAGCAUGAGGAAGGGUAUUUUCAUCCAAAAGGGGUUGAAAAUGUACGUCGUAUCAGUCUCCUUUCGUCUGGAUCCUCCUGGCUGAAUGACAUUGGUAAUUCCGUUCGCUCUAUUCAUAUUUUCAAAGAUUUGGAGUCAACACCGGACAUGGCUGAGUGUGAUAGCCUUAAAAUGUUGAGUGUGUUGUGUGCACAUAGAGAAACAUCUCAACCUCCAAUUCGUAGUGCAACUUCACACAUGUUUCAUUUGAAGUACCUGGCUUGGACUGGAUAUAGCUCGGAUUUUGAGUUUCUUUCAUGCAUAUCAGUUCUUCAGAAUCUUCAGACCUUGAUUAUUAAUGAUGGUGUCUCUGAUCUUAGUCUACCUCCUCAAGUUUGGAAGUUAAAACGACUACGGCAUCUGAUGAUUGAUUCGAUGAUCUUGCCUCCUGUUCCCAUGGCUUGCAACAGUGUCAUUGAAAAGCUAGGAUGCCUGCAAACUCUAACAAGAGUUUCAGGUUUCAAAUUCACUAAAGAAGCCAUUAAUAUGAUUCCAAACCUUCGAAAAUUGAAUAUUGUGUGCUGGAGAGACAGGUCCCUUUGUCGGUGGGAGUUUCCUGGAAUCGACAAUCUUGUCCGUUUAACCGAGCUUGAGGAGUUUGGAGCCAAAUUUUUGGACAAGCACUCUCUUCCACCUGUUGAAAUCCCCAUUGCCUUUCCACCAAAUAUUACAAAGUUGUCAUUACAAGGUUGUAGAAUUUCAUGGAAGGAUCUAGGAGCAGUGGGAUCAUUGCCUAAUUUGCAAGUGCUCAAGCUAAAAAGGGAUUCGGCUAUGGGAGGAGAAUGGGAACCAAGAGAAGGAGAAUUCCGUAGGCUCAAAUUGUUGCUGCUAAAGGGGUUAGAUCUCAAGUAUUGGCGCGCUGACAAUACCAACUUUCCGCGCCUUGAAAGCCUUGAAAUCAGUCAUUGCCUUCAGUUGGAGGAGAUCCCUCGUGAAAUUGGGGACAUUGAUACUCUUAAAUACAUCGAAGUGUGGGGAAAUGAAUGUGUUGCAGAUUCAGCAAUACUAAUUCAACUAGAGCAAGAGCGCAUGGGAAAUUACGAGCUUCAAGUUUCUGUGUAUGGUGUAUAG